UGCACAUUGCUAUCAAAAACUGUGCACCAACACACACUAAACAAACACAAACAAAAUGGCGGGCCACGAUCCUUUUCGGCAGAUGCCUGUUCGUCUGCUAGGCUACGGGGUCCCGGUCGGCGACCUGUUAAGCAUGACCUAUGGGGAUGUGAACGCCUCACCUUUCUACCUGGUCGGCGAGUUCUUCAUCUGGGGCCACUGUUUCCAUCGGGCUCUCAGGGCGUACAAUAUCUCAGAGAACCGAUUCAUGUCGGCUUUCCUCCCUUGCUACGAGACCAAUGCUGUUGUCGCCCUGUUCGACACUUUCAUCUGGGAGGUGUUGGCGUCCUACCUGAUACCAUCCCUGACGUCAACAUGUGUUUACUGGCUGGUGGACUCCCUCCUAUCCGGCUCCACCCGCAGCAGAUCCCACCGACCAAUCCCCUUCCUCUUCGCCCUGAUUACAAUCCCCCUACUGCGGGCCACAGUGGACCAGGGCGUGGACCGACUCAUGCACGAACUGAUACGACCCAUGUACGCCACCAAGGGAGACAUCUUGGCCAGCUUCUAGAGUUCUCAAGUUUUUUCCUUGCGGCCCGGGGGUUCCCCCUCCCCCGUCACUGUCUGUUAAAAUUGGAAUCACUAACCUUGAUCUACAUAUUCGCCAUUAUGUGCUUCAGCAGAAAAAGUUAUGUUUGAAAAUGUUC